AUGACCGAGCUCGUGGGUACCAACUCAAAGGUCAACGGUAUCUCAUUUCUAGCUCUGACACAAGCUGCAGAGGUUGUGACACUUGUGGAAGCUGGUGGCCCCAUCUACCAGCUCAACGUAUUAUCCGAUACUAGUCCGCGUGCAAAAUGGGAUAUAAAUCGUCCUCCAGUUAGGACGUUCGGCGGAAACUCCUGCCUGGACUUCACUCAGUUCUGUGAAGUCGCAUCUGUGACACCGCUCCUGACCGGGUUCGUCGUGGUGGACCGGCAUCGUUUGCAAGAGCUUGGACCUAAGCCUGUCCAACGCCCGAGGGUGCUUGCGGGACUAUCGCUGAUAUGUUGCAGAAUUGAAUGGUGGGCUGCUUGA